AGUGUAUACCAUUCUAGAACGAGGUUCGGCAGGUAGCCGUUGCCAAGGAACUAGAGAUGUAAAGAACAACAGUCAGUUUAUUCCAACGAACGCACCGUAGAAUGUAGUCAAGUUCAAACUUGGCAAAGUGCCGGCACCUGCACUUCAGCAGGUGGUUCAAUGGAGGGAGAAGGGCGUGACCAGAUAUCUCAGGGGGAUAGGAAUGACACCUCUUGUCAGUCUGAAGAGUCGCCCAAGAGUGAAAGCGAUGCUCAGCCUCCGGAGACCGGUCCAGCCGGAGAUAGUAGCACGACUCAAGAUCUCCCGGCAGAACCUAAAUCUUCAGCACCUCCAGAAGCCAACCAGGAGCUUCCGCCAUCCUCCCAAAGCCAGGACGCGGACAACAACAGUCCUAGACAAGAACCGACGAUAGAAGUAACAAACGACACUGAACGUCCCGUCAUUGUUACUACAAACAGGGAGAACACUCUCCCAAAAUGUUUGCGCAUAGCAAACAGCGAUAGUCAGCGCUCCGGAAGUCUAAGAUCACAAACUAGAUGUAAAGGAACCAAGAAUGGAGGCUCGAAAGACUCAAGUCUCAGAGGCGCAAGUCGGAAAGCAACCAUGUCGGAUAAAACUUCGACAGGUGACAGUACCUUCUUUUCGCCGUCUAAAGCGUACUGUUGGAUUUGUUUGGAGUCGUGUAAGAUCACAACAACAACAGAAAACAGAGUCAAGCGAGUGGGGAGAUGUCUGUGUUGUUCCUGUUGUUCGGGUGCGUACACGGAGCCGGACCUGUCCUCGCCCUGUGGCUGUACCGGCACGCUGCAGUACGUACACCGGACGUGUCUGCGGAGAUGGGUGCGGGAGCAGGGGUCUCACAGCUGCAGGAUCUGUAACGAGUUUUACCACAUCCCGCCGGCACAGUCGCUCUGUCAGCGGCUGAGUGAGGAGGGUGUGGUGGGGACGUGCUGCCCAUCUCUCCGCUCCCAUAGCAACACAGUCGUGUUUAUCACUCUACUCGUGCUGUUCGUGGGCGUCAUCUCCACCCUCGGGUAUAGUACGGCCAACACUUACAUGGAGCUCAAGAAGCAGUCCAUGGAAAAUCCGGAAGGUGGCGCUAGUACGAUGAUCAUCCUGGUGUUCGGCCUGUCCCUCAGCUUGUUGAUCGUGCUGUCGGUCCUGAUGUGCGUGUACCUGACGUGUGUUACCAAGCUGUACUACAGGAACAGGCGCGGGUCCUACGAUGUACCGACGGGAGACCAGGCGGAGCACUGGGAGGAGUUCCCGAUGGAUGAAAUCCUGCAGGCUUCCGAUCUGGAGUACCAGGAGCUCCAGACCUUUUGGAGGUCACUCCCUCCGGAGGUUCGUGAGAUCGCCGCUCGGGAGGGCUUCGUGUUUCCCGCGGCAACCCCUCAGGACGAGGCGGCACCUGAAGUAGAGGGCACGUCCCCAGGAGAAGCCCAUGUUGGGGAGGUGACACCCCCGGGGGAUGCCGAAGGUAACACCGCCCCCCGGGAAGCAGCAACACCACCUACGGAGUCUACUGAUAAUCAGGAGUCUUCUGGUACCCAGAGGAUCGAGACGGUUACUGCGGAGAUUUGA